AUGAGACGACUACUAAUCGUCUCGUUUUGUCUACUUUUUUCAAUAGUAAAUAGUGCAAAAGUUGAUAUCGAUUUGAUCAAUGAGACGAUUCGAGAUCUUCUUCAUUUCAAAAAUUCUGAUCCAAACAUCACCUCAUUCCAUCGUCAAUCCCACACUCUGACGGAACAUAUGAAGGAUUUGUAUCAGAUCUUCAUCGAUGAAGACUCCAAUGAAGACGGAAAUUUGGUGCGUGCCAUCGAACCAGCUGUUGGAAAACUUGAUGGUCAAGAAGUUCUCGUUUUCGAUGUUGAAGGAUUCGAUUCCGAUGAAUCCAUCAUGAGAGCCGAACUUCAUUUCUUCCUCAGACGACGUGACGCCUUCUCCAGAAGACGUUCUCGUCAGAUUCGUGCCAAAUCGGUUUGUGUGAAUGAGUACUGUAGACCACAGACCCUGAAGAAGAUCCGUGGAAGUUCGACAAGUGGAGAUGAGAUGUUGGAGGAUUUCAAAGUGGUUUGGGAUGCAACAAAAUCAGUUUUCGAUUCGUAUCAUUUGGAUGGAAAGCAAGCAGUUUUCCGUAUUACAAGAGAACAUUCAAAGAUGAGACCUUAUGCUGAGAUGAUCAGAAAGAGCACCCCAUUCCUUGUGAUCUACUCGAAAGUCAACCAUACUCUGGAUACAAAAUCAGUCAUCCAACAAGCCGAACAAACGAAGAGAAAGAGAAGAGACUUGGGAAAUGAGGAGUUGAGAGAAUACUACACUUACAACUCCAUUCCAUUGGAUAAUGAUGAACGGGAACCAGUGAAAAGGAAGGCUGGAAAAAAGAACAGUUUGUCAGAGGAGAUGUCAUCUGAAGACGUUUGGCAAGGAUUCGGAGAAGAGACUUCAAGAGAAGAUAGGGAGAGAAAGGAGAAUGAGGAAAUGGCAAAUGAUGUGAGAGUCGUGCUUCUGCAGAAUAAGAAUCGUUGUCACAAAGAGGGAACUUUGGUCAGUCUAAAACACUUCGGAUGGGAUCGAUUCGUGAUGGAACCGAAGACAAUCGAGACGUCGUUCUGUAAAGGAAAGUGUGCGAAGCCGAUGUUGACAAGUGGAAAAGCGUCGAAUCAUGCAAUGCUGCAGUCUCUGUUCGCUGCAGAACCCGUCUGUUGUGCACCGACUAAUUUGAAGUCACUCAACUUUUUGUAUAGAGACGAAAAAGGACGUACAGUAAUCCGUAACUACUCGAAGAUGCUCAUUGGAUCUUGCUCUUGCCUUUAA